AUGCUGAAAUCACUCUCCUUAGUGGCCGCUCUCCUGCUCAGCGCAAUCUCGGCCUCACCUACAUCUAAGCUGUACCCUCGCGACCCCUGCGCCGGCAACACACCUACAACACGUUCCAAGUGGUGCAACUACUCUGUUGAUACCGACUAUACAGCCCAAAUUCCCGACACGGGCGUCACCAGGGAAUACUGGCUUGAAAUUACAGAUGCUGUCGUCUCCCCUGAUGGGUUCACUCGACCUGCCAUUGCCGUCAACGGAAGCAUUCCGGGGCCGACGCUCAUUGCUGACUGGGGCGAUACCGUCGUUGUCCAUGUAUCAAACAAGCUGACUACCUCUAAGAAUGGGACCAGCGUUCACUUCCAUGGCAUUCGUCAGAGAAACACAAACCAGGCGGAUGGUGUUGUUUCAAUAACACAGUGUCCUACUGCAGUUGGGGAGACGGAGACGUACACGUGGAGGGCCGAACAGUACGGCACUACGUGGUAUCACUCGCACUUUGCCGUCCAGGCGUGGGAGGGCGUCUACGGUGCUAUUGUCAUCAACGGGCCUGCAACGGAAAACUACGACGAGGAUCUCGGUCCGCUGAUUCUGAGCGACUGGAGCCGUAACACUGUCGACCAGCUGGCCUUUUAUUCCAAGCGCCACCUCAUCCCCCCUUUCCAGGACUCAGGCCUGAUCAACGGUGUUAAUGUCAACCCAAAUGGCGCGGGCGGCAAGCGACACACUGUUCAAUUUAAAGCUGGGAAGUCAUAUCGUCUCCGGCUUCUUAACGCCGCUAUCGACACGCACUUCAAGUUCAUGAUAGACAAUCACCAUAUGACCGUCAUCGCCGUCGAUCUUGUCCCCGUCCAGCCGUAUAACACCACCGUCAUUGAUAUAGCUAUUGCCCAGCGAUACGAUGUCAUUGUUACUGCCGACCAAGGCCAGCGUGCCGACAACUUUUGGAUACGCGCAAUUCCUCAACUCCCUUGUUCCCUCAACAACAAUCCAGAGAAAAUCCGAGGCAUUGUCUACUACGGCAAUGCCCCGUCGACGCCGUCGACCAGUUCUUACGAAUACCUCCCAUCGUGUAGCGAUGAAAGCGAGCACAGAACCAUUGUGCCCCAUGUCAGCAAAAGCCCCAGAGACCUGGCGACUGCCGAGAAGUCGUCCCAGUCCGUCGCCCUAGAGCUGCAAAACAACUUCUACAUGUGGACUUUGAACGGCACCUCCAUGGAAGUCGACUGGCGGAACCCGACACUCACGCAGGUCCUGAACGGGCAGACGGCAUUCGAGAGGAACGACGGAGUCAUCGAACUGCCCGACGCCAACGUUAUGUUCUACGUCGUCAUACACACCCUGCUGCCCAUCCCCCAUCCAGUCCACUUACACGGCCACGACUUCUUCGUCCUCGCCCAAGGAACUGGCGUUUACGUGCCCGGCAUCACCCCGCUGAACACUAAUAACCCGCUGCGACGAGACACGGCCGUCCUGCCAGGCGCAGGCUACCUCGUCCUCGGCUUCGAGACGGACAACCCGGGCGCUUGGCUGAUGCACUGCCACAUCGGCUUCCACGUCAGCGAGGGGUUCGCGCUGCAGUUCAUCGAGCGGCGGAGCGAGAUAGCGGGCCUCACGGACACGGGGGCGCUCGAUAAGACAUGCGCGGGGUGGAGGGCGUACCAGGACGCCAACGCCGUUCACCAGGACGAUUCUGGUGUCUAG